AUGAUGAAAUCUACUGACACCCAAGUCGAGGUUGAUGUUUCAGAUAGCAGCACCCAGACUAAAGAGGUAUUCCUUCCUGAAAUUGAAGAUAACAAGGAAGAAGCAACUGAAGCUGCUGCUUCCCCAGAAGUCUCUCCAAGAAAAGAUAGCAACUACCUUCCCACAAAACAGGAAGAUUCAGAUGAUUCAAACUUGUCAGGAUCAGACAACGAACACCAAGGGGAAACAAAAUGCGAAAAGCCACAGGAUGAUACCAAAUACAUUGUAUUUAAACAAGAGCUAUUUAAAUUGUUUAAGUACUAUCCUGAGUGCGGUGCAGUUGUGAUUAAGAGGAACCAAUCCACAUAA